AAUGCGGAGCCGGUCGGCUACGAUGGUGGUCAGUCUUCUUGCAUAUCUCCUGCAAUUUCCAUUGAAUUCCAACGAAUCUCCCCGGGAAAAAAAAAAUGAUGAGCUUUUGGUGUUUAGCGCUCGUGAUUGCGUCCGCUUUGGCCGCACCGGCUACUUUGCCGGCAAGGGAGCCCAAGAAGAUCGUGCCGAUUUUGAAACAAAUUAAUCAGCUCAACGACGAUGGAUCUUACACGUUCGGUUACGAAGGUGGAGAUGGAUCCUUCCGUGUGGAAACCAAGGACACUACCGGUUUCACCAAAGGACGUUACGGCUACAUCGAUCUGGAAGGCAAAUCCCACGUCCUCGAGUACGUAGCUGGCAAAGAAGCUGGUAGUUCCGUGGGAUUCGUUCCCAGUGGGGCUUUGGUUCCUAUUCCAAUCGUCCGUUCCAUCUCCACACCUGAACAGAAAGCGCUGGACUUCCAGUACUCGAGUGUCGAUGACGACGAAGACGGUAUGCCCGACAAAGUUCAGGGACAGGCCGUUUCAAUUCUCUCGCCGGCUUCGGUUCCAGUAGUGAUCCCGCAGCAGCAGAAGAUAGGUCAGUUCUUCCAGCAGCCCACUUUUAUCCGGACGUCACCAGCCGUCAUCGUUCGCCAGCAGCAGCAGCCCAUCCGCAAGCAGUUCACCCAACAGGAUCUUCAAUUCCAGAGUGUUGACGCCAAUGAAGACGGAAUUCCGGACCAGGCGUUCCCAUCUCUGUUUUCCGAUUUUCGGCGGACGGAUCAUUUAAAAAGAAAAUUCCGGUAAGCUGAAAAUAAAUUUAAAAAAAAUAUGCCUGGAAAUUAAAUAAAAGAGGACCUCCCAAGGAUUUGCAUCUCAAUUACAUUGCAUUUAACAGAUACCCUUAUGUGUUAUUUUUUUUAAAUCGCAUAAAAAUUCACAUGGUGUCGAUUAUUGUGAAAAACAUUUGAUUAUUUUAAAUGAUCAAUCGUUUUUGAAUCUAAACUGCCUUUGUAUUAUGUACCAUAAACUGCUUGCCUUUUCAAAUAAUGCGCGCUGCAGUGAAAAAUAUCAAUAAAAUUACUGUGGAUUUUCAUGGCCAA